AUGAGAGAAACCAUUCGUAUGGAAAUAAGUUAAUAAUUCUAAGUUUACUGCAUUGUCUAGUCUCGAAAUGGUCGGAGGGGCGGAGUGAUUUAAUGGCACGGGGCCCUCUCAACCAAUCAAAGUAAGAUUUGUAUGAGAGUUUUAGCACCUGUAACAAUCUUCCGAUUGCGCAUGUGCUCUUACCUCCUUAUGGAAUUAAGCCGACAGAAAACAGACGCAUGUUAACUUUUAUUACAACUUUAUCAUUAGAAUUUGCCCUGUUUGGACAUAACUGCUUAUUGCUUUUCUUAUUCGAUUAUUUAUUCAAAUAUUUUUUCUUUGCUUAUUUCCUUGUGUUGUACGGAAAGGCUUGUUAAAGAGUAAUCACAUCUUUUCACUUUCAUGAAACUUUGAAAAUCAAAAUAUGGAACUAAUUAAUUCAAGUUCUGUGCGCUUAACUGAAGAGGAUCACAGAAGUGCAUUCAAAAUUGUUCAGCCACGAAAAUCAGCUGAUGAUCAGUGCUCUUCCCCUUUAGAGGAGACAGCCUCGUUGUCUUCAACUGGAAAUUAUUGCCACCAACUUCAACGAUCAGACAGUAGAGAAUCUGAAGAUUUAGCCCCAAAAGACACAUCCCGCUUUAGCGCUUUUCGACCAUGGCUUUGUGAACCCCCUACCCAAGCAACCGAUCUCUCCGUAAAGAACAAAAUGACGUCAUCAUCACAAAACAAUUCACGGAAAACAUCAAUAAUUCCAGCGUUCUCUUUUGGCGCUUUGAAGGCUCCAAAUAUCAGCGAUAUUUACAGGUAUCAAAUGGCCCAGGCGAUGUUCAGGGCGCCUUAUAAUGUGUUCCCUUACGGACAACCAGCGGUAUGGUCAGAUCCAAGAUUUUACCGAUUUUUAGGUCACGGAAAGGACAUUCAGGUCUCCCUAUUUAAGAACUUUAUGAAUGUGACCGAAGAAGGGGAGGUUUCAGGGUUUGAGAAAGGUUCUUUUGAGUGCGUAAAGUGUAUGAAGCAAUUCAGUACGCCACAUGGACUAGAGGUACAUGUUCGACGCUCUCAUAGCGGAAGAAGACCUUAUGCUUGUGACGUUUGUAGCAAGACUUUUGGACAUUCUGUCAGUUUGACGCAACAUAGAGCAGUGCAUACACAAGAAAGAAGUUUUGUUUGUCAACAAUGCGGAAAGAGCUUCAAGCGUUCUUCAACGUUGUCGACGCAUCUCUUAAUUCACAGUGACACACGCCCGUAUCCUUGUCCGUAUUGCGGCAAAAGGUUCCAUCAAAAGUCCGAUAUGAAAAAACACACAUACAUACACACAGGAGAGAAACCUUACAAAUGUAACCAUUGCGGCAAAGCAUUCAGUCAGUCCUCUAACCUGAUCACUCACUGUCGAAAACACACAGGCUUCAAACCAUUCUCAUGUACAACAUGUGGAAGAAGUUUUCAAAGAAAAGUAGAUUUAAGGCGACAUCACGAAACUCAGCAUGUAGAGGAAAUGACCUCAUCUAAUGAACUAGUGACGUCAUCUACUAUUGACGUUUCCAGCAGACAGGAAGAGAGUGCGAUUUAGGACAUACAUGUAUAUUUUUAUGCUUGACUGUUUUUGCUCAAAUUUAAGAUUUUAUUUAUUUAAUGUUGUGAGUGUUCAGUAUUAGCUUCAUGCAUUGGUGUGAGUUUUAUCAGUUAUACAUAUAUAUUGUAAAUAUUUGAAAUUGUAACAAUUUUCCUUAAAUGCAAAUCCAUAUUUGAAUUUUACUGAACUUUAUUCAUUUGAUGAUAGUUAUAUUUUUGGUAGGGGGAUAUUCAAAUAUUGUUAUCAUUAACCUUUAGUCUUUCAGUGCUAAUAAAUAUCGGUAUGUUGGAACACGCCAAUAAGAUUUUAUGCAUAUUUAAUAAAGCUGCACAGUGCUACAAAAUGACAUGUGUGCUUGAUUCAUUGUGAAAAUAUUAUGUCUGCGAUUUUUUUCAGUAAUAUGAAUAUUGAAAUACUUCAGAAAGGAUAUUUAUUGAAUUAUUCAGUUUUAAAAAAGGCUUAUAUUAACUGUAUUAUAUAUUGAGAAACAAAUAAAUAAUUAACUUUAAUUGAUGGUAACUCUAAUAGGGGUAAGCCUUAGACCAAAAUAUCUGCAAAAAAAAAAAAAAACGCAUUAAAUAACAUAUCACAUAUAUGAAAGAAAAUGCUAAUGAUAUCGUAUAAAAAACGAAAAAUUGCAAUUAUCGUGUAAUACUUAAAUUUUUAUUGAAAUUAUGUGACAUUU